UUCUUGUUGAAGAGCACUACAAAAAAUGGGCAUUUAUUGGAUUUUCUCUCAAGAAGCAUGCAUUUUGACGACUCUUUGUUUGAGGAUGCCUCUAAAGAAGAAGAUAAGCGAGUUGACGCAAGCCAAAUCAAGUAUGACGCCAAGAGAUGCGAGCUCAAUUGGUUUACAGAGCCCCAUGAUGAUGGUGAUGGUGACUUCAUGCUGAUCAAGUUCAGAGCAGAUUUGCUGUACCUUCAGAAGCAGUAUGCUGCAGCUGUGCCUGGAUACGAGGCCUCCCUGAGGUCUGUACCCCCCUCAAACGGUGUGGUGGUGAGAGAGUUAACAGAGUCCCUCGCCAGAUGCUGGCUACACUUGGAGCGGCCGGGGAUGGCAUUGGAGAAGGCAUGUCUACUGGUUCAGCCACCUCAUGAGAAUGACUCCAGUGCUUGGAAGCUGAUAGGAGAUUGUCAGGGAGCGUUGACUCAAACAGAAGCUCAAGUGGUCUCUCUCCAAAAGUGUACUUUAAAGCAGAGAUAUCAGUUCAACUAUUGGACGAGUCUAAGUGUUGCCUACGGUGAUCUGAGUCAGAAGUUUUCAUCAGAGGGACCAGCCGACGGAUUUGACUGGACAGAGCUUGGCUCUAUAUUGGAGACAACUGUGACAUUGUUUAGACCAUACUUUAGCUGGGUAUCACUGACAGACAAACUUACAGCAACCACACUGAUUUCAGAAGAAACUAUUCCCAAGCAUGAGAGUUCAACUGACUUCUCCUGUCAUGAAUGUUGUAUCCUCAACGGCUGUCACAGCUCGUAUGCAGAUGUAGUACUGGAUAUAGCCACCAAGAAAUGUUUGUGUGUGAGCUUCAAGACAGCCUCUUCCCUGUGUCUGCCCCAUCACCCCUUCACCAUGCUCAGUAGUGGGCGUGUCAGUAUGGCGGACUGUGUGGCUAUGAUGGAGAGACUGUACUCGUGUGGUCACCCUCGGCUAGCGGGGGAACUUAUGAACAGCUUUCUCUGCAUGGCCAAGUGCGCCUGUUUACUAUGGGUUAGGCAACUGUUGUUUUAUUUUGUGAGGUACUCCCACUCGUUUGUGGUCCCCGCUCACAAGACGGCACUGGAAAAGGUGGACCAACAAUUACUGGCCUGUGAUCAGAACAUGAGGCACUUCUUAGAGACCUACUUCAACAAGAACAGGAUUUUUCAAGAAUCUCAAAAUAAAGAUGAAAAACAGUGACAUUUAAUAUACUUGGAACAAUUUCGUGGUAUGAAUUGCACAUAAAUGUUUUGGAAUGUGUGACAUGUCAUAAGGUUGAAACAAUGCGAAAGAGAA